GGCAACAGUGAAGAAAUCACAAGUUCCCUUCUUCCCACAUAAGCUUUUGCAAACCACAGGCGAGGUUCUGCUGAUGGUAGAGUGGCCGGUUUUAGGAAGUUGGUUAGUUUCUUAGGUCUGUGUGCGCCCGCAGCCCAGUGAGUGCCACUUCACAGCGCUGCAGGUUCUGGCAUGAGCCAUCAGAAGGCACGGCACCAGAAGAACGGUGGUAACAAAGAGCUGCUAAUUGGUGCCUUAACUCCAGAAUCAGUGGCUUUUCCAGUUGUUCUAUGGAAUUACAGAGAGCCUGCAAGUGCUCUGUGGUAGACUGAUCAGUGGGAAGGCAAGGUGACUGGUGCUGUUAUGUCAUACUUAAGAGUGGGGCAGCAAACAGCUGAUGAGAAGCUCCAGCUACAACGACCAGAGCUUGCCAACCAUGAGUCCCAGCCCAGGGUGGGAGCCAGUUUUCAGUUAGGUUGUGCCAAUGUGAUCGUAGAUCUUUGCUGCGAUGCAGGGCUGAGACUAAGUUUGCCCCUGCCUUCACUUGUGCCUGGACUCCUGAACCCAAGGCUCUGGAUUCAACCUUUUGAGGUAGAAAACAUGACCCUUCACUUUUUGCUCCUGACCUGCCUUUUCCUGCUAAUUCCUGAUUCCUGUGAGUUCUUCACUGGAGCCAAUUAUUCUAGAAGCUACCCUUGUGAUGAGAGAAAAGAAAAUGGCUCUGUCAUUGCAGAGUGCAACAAUCGUCAACUUCAGGAAGUACCCCGAAGAGUGGGCAACUAUGUGACUGAACUGGACUUGUCUGAUAACUUCAUCAGACGCAUAACCAAUGAAUCCUUUCAAGGGCUGCAAAAUCUGACUAAAAUAAAUCUAAACCACAACGCCAAGCUGUGGCCCCAGAGUGAAAACGGUAUGACUAUUACAGAUGGGGCGUUUCUCAACCUCCAUCACCUCAGGGAGUUGCUGCUGGAAGACAACCAGUUACGUGAAAUACCCACUGGCUUGCCAGAAUCUUUGAGAGAACUUAGUCUAAUUCAAAACAAAAUCAUUCUGUUAAAUACAAAGAACAUGUUUGGACUUAGGAAACUGGAAAGUCUCUAUUUGGGCUGGAACUGCUAUUUUACUUGUAAUGAAACCUUUAUCAUAGACGAGGGAGCAUUUGAAAAUUUAACGAAUUUGAAGGUGCUGUCAUUAUCUUUUAACACCCUUUACCGGGUGCCACCCAAACUGCCCAGCUCCCUGACAAAACUCUAUCUUAGCAACACCAAGAUAAGAAACAUCAAUCAGGAAGACUUCAAGGGGCUGGAAAAUCUAAGAGUACUGGAUCUAAGCGGGAACUGCCCGAGAUGUUUUAACGCACCCUUUCCCUGCAACCCUUGCCCCGGAGAUGCUUCAAUUCAAAUACACCCUCUGGCUUUUCGCUACCUGACCGAACUUCGCUACCUAAACCUCUCUAGCACUUCGCUCCGGAGGAUUCCCGCAACUUGGUUUGAGAAUCUGCAUCAUUUGAAGGUGCUGCACCUGGAAUUCAACUAUUUGAUGGACGAAAUCGCCUCUGGGGAAUUUUUGGCGAAAUUGCCCUCCUUAGAAAUACUUGACUUAUCUUACAACUAUGAACAGAAAAAAUAUCCCCAGUACAUUAAUAUUUCCCAUUACUUUGCUAAUCUUACAUCUCUCCAGAUAUUACACUUAAGAGCUUAUGUCUUCCAGGAACUUAGAAAAGAAGAUUUCCAGCCUCUGAGAAACCUCUUGCAUUUAAAGUUUAUCAAUUUGGGCAUUAACUUCAUUAAGCAAAUUGAUUUUACCAUUUUCUCGGAGUUCUCCAACCUGUCAAUCAUUUACUUGUCAGAAAACAGAAUAUCGCCCUUAGUCAAUAAUACCGGGCAAAAGAAUGGAGAUAGACCCUCUUUCCAAAGUCAUGUCCUUAAGCCACGCUCAGCAACUCCUAAGUUUGACCCACAUUCAAAUUUUUAUCAUAACACCAAGCCUUUAAUAAAACCACAGUGUUCACGUUAUGGCAAAGCCUUAGAUUUAAGCUUGAACAGUAUUUUCUUUAUUGGGCCAAACCAAUUUGAAGCCUUUAAGGACAUUGCCUGUUUAAAUCUGUCUUCAAAUGGCAACGGGCAGGUGUUACAUGGAUCUGAAUUUUCACAUUUGCCUGGUAUCAAGUAUUUGGACUUGACAAACAAUAGACUAGACUUUGAUGAUGACGCUGCUUUCAGUGAGCUGCCGUUGUUAGAAGUUCUGGAUCUGAGCUACAACUCCCACUAUUUCCGAAUAGCAGGAGUGACACACCGUCUAGGAUUUAUACAAAAUUUGCCUCAGCUGAGAGUUUUAAACUUGAGCCACAACAGCAUCUUUACUUUAACAGAAACGUACUUAAAAAGCACGUCCCUGAAAGAAUUAGUUUUCAGUGGAAACCGCCUGGACCUUUUGUGGAAUGCCCAAGAUGACAGGUACUGGCAAAUUUUCAAAAAUCUCAGCACGCUGACCCAUCUCGAUUUAUCAUCUAAUAACCUUCAGCACAUCCCGAGUGAAGCCUUCCUUAACUUGCCCCAGACUCUCACCGAACUAUAUAUAAGUGAUAAUAGGUUAAAUUUCUUUAACUGGUCAUUACUCCAGCAGUUUCCGAAUCUCACCUUGCUUGACUUAAGCGGAAAUGAGCUCUCCUUUUUAACAGAUAGCCUAUCUAAAUUCACCACUUCUCUUCAGACACUGAUACUGAGGCAGAACAGGAUUUCCUACCUGCCCUCUGGCUUGCUUUCCGAAGCCAGCAGUCUGACGCACCUUGAUUUAAGUUCCAACCAGCUCAAGAUGGUCAACAUAUCCAAGCUUCACGCAAAGACCACCACCAACUUAGCCAUUUUAAAACUAGAUAGAAACCCUUUUGACUGUACCUGUGACAUCAGAGAUUUUCGAAAAUGGAUGGAUGAGAAUCUGAAGGUCACAAUUCCCAGACUGACGGAUGUCAUUUGUGCCAGUCCUGGGGAUCAGCGCGGGAGGAGUAUUGUGAGUCUGGAGCUCACAACUUGUGUUUCGGAUACCAUUGCGGCGAUAAUAUGUUUCUUCACCUUUUUUGUCACCAGCACAGUUAUGUUGGCUGCCCUGGCUCACCACUGGUUUUACUGGGAUGCUUGGUUCAUCUACCAUGUGUGCUUAGCCAAGGUAAAAGGCUACCGGUCGCUUCCCACAUCCCAGACUUUCUACGAUGCUUAUGUUUCCUAUGACACCAAAGACGCCUCUGUCACAGACUGGGUGAUGAAUGAGCUGCGCUUCCACCUGGAAGAGAGUGAGGGGAAAAAUGUGCUCCUCUGUUUGGAGGAGAGGGACUGGGACCCAGGACUGGCCAUCAUCGACAACCUCAUGCAGAGCAUCAACCAAAGCAAGAAGACAAUAUUCGUUUUAACCAAAAAAUAUGCCAAGAACUGGAACUUUAAAACAGCAUUCUACUUGGCCUUGCAGAGGCUAAUGGAUGAGAACAUGGACGUGAUCGUAUUCAUUCUGCUGGAGCCAGUGCUGCAGCAUUCGCAGUACUUGAGGCUGCGGCAGAGGAUCUGCAAAAGCUCCAUCCUCCAAUGGCCGGACAACCCCAAGGCGGAAGGCUUGUUUUGGCAAAGUCUGAAAAAUGUCGUCUUAACGGAAAAUGAUUCGCGGUAUAACAGUUUGUAUGUCAAUUCCAUUAAGUAAUCCUCGGUGAUGUUUGGUCGUGGUUCGCCAACCUAAGAAAAAGGCAAAGCAGUUACCCUUCUGUCUUAGCUAUCACUUGCUGUGUGACAAAUUUCCCCCCUCCCACCUUAGUGUCUUAAAACGAUACUAUUUGUUAUUUCAUAGUCUCUGUGGGUGAGGAGUCCCUGGUGUGGCUUAUAGCUGGGUCCUGUGCUCAGGGCUUCUCAAAGGCUGUCAUCUCCAUGUCAGCCAGGACCACAGACUGCUAUCUCAGUCAUAGAUGGUGAAUGCCAGGGGGUGGGGUCAUUGUGGGCCAUCUUAGUCAUUGACCCACUACACUUUUUCAAUAUUUCAGAACAUUUGUAACCAUAAUAGUUGUGAUGUUAAGUUUCUGUUUAGAUUUAUCAUAUAUUUGUGGCUAAGUGAUUAUAUUAUGCUCUGGUUGCAUUAGUCCUUUUACAGUUACUUUUAUUUUUUUUUUGAAUUUUUUUAAAAAAAGCAUAUGGAGGUUCCCAGGCCAGGGACUGAAUCCAAGUUGCAGCUGUGACCUACACAGCAGCUGAGGCAACGCCUGAUCCUCAACCCACUGCACUGGGCUGGGGAUUGAACCUGUGCCUCAGCAGCAACCCAAGCCACCAGAGUCAGAGUCUUAACCCACUGUGCCACAGUGGAAACUCCUACAGUUACUUUUAUGUAUUGGCUAUAAUGCUUGACUUCUAAGCUUUCAAUGCCAUUUAAUACCACUUUAAAGGCUGAGAUGGAUAGUAUUUAAAAUGGUAUUUUCCCUCCUUAACCGUUUUUUAAAAAAGAGCAUAUAGCUAAAUUAGAAGCAUUUGGAGUGUCUAUCUGUCUAUUGCCAUUGCUGUAAAUCUUGAAAUUAAUGACUAAAAUGCUUUAUUUCAUGAGUGUAUAAUAAAUACACAAUAGGGAAAUAGAUUUAUAACAUAAAAGAAAUUACCACCAACACUGGGGUUUUGGAGAAUACUUAGAAAAAACCUUUGGUAGAAAUCAAAGAGGCAACAGUUUUCAUGGCAUUUGUAUAUUAAGAUAAUUAUUAAUAGGGAAAUUAAUUCUCUCUUUUACUUCUGACUCAGAAAAUACAAAGUCAGAAUGCCUACCUGUGGGUACUCUUUAUGCGGUUCUCUCAAGUGAAACAAUGUUGGCAUGUCUACCAUCUCUGCUUACCCCCUUGGUUUCUCCAUAUCUGUUCAUAGCAUCUUCUCUCCAGAAUAGCAUGAAUCUUGAAGAGAUGAAAUUGACCCGAAAUUUACCUUAUGAAAUCGACCUAAAGAUACUGGAAAUUAUUCAAGCAUAAGAAAAUAAAGUCCUUUCAGCAUGAAAACAAGAAAAAUCUCCAGGGCACCAACCUUGCUGAAGUAUGGGCUCUUAGUUAAUCUUGUAGGAUGAGUUCUCUUUAAAUAUGAGUUUUGAAGUUCUUGUGGUGGCUCAGCAGUAACGAACCCUACUAGCAUUCAUGAGGACUCGGGUUUGAUCCCUGGUUCCGCUCAGUGGGUUAAGGAUCCGGCAUUGCUGUGGCUGUGGUGCUGGCUGGCAGCUGUAGCUCCAAUUCAACCCCUAGCCUGGGAACCUCCAUAUGCCACAUGUGCGGCCCUAAAAAGCAAAAUAAUAAUAAUUAAAUAUGAGUUUCUAAAGAACUGAACAGAAUGGCAAGUUGCAGUGUUAGUUGACAUGAACAAAGUGGAAAUCAGCACAAGUUUGUCACGGACAACUUUAGCUUUGUCAUAUUGAACCCUAUUUUGUGACCAUGUUUUAGAAAGGUAUUUAUGCUGGUGUUAGUCAAGGUGUGAAGACAGCUAUUUAUAAGCAGGAUCAUUCUAGGAAGGGACCCCCAGAAAGAAUGGUGGGGGCAGUAGAGCUUUCCCUGUGGAUGCCACAUUAACUUAUCUGGUGCAAUAAAAAGGUCCACAUUUCAGCAGCAUUGGUAAUUAUAGAUCUCUGUUAAGCUCACAUGCUUCGGCACUGUCCUUUUGACAGAAUCACAAGCUAAUGAAAGUCAUGAUUUUUCCUUCUCCUUAGCAAAUAACUUCCUAAAGUGAAGGUAGUGAAGUCAGUGGUUCAUAAAAACAUUUCUUCUUGAAACUCACUCAUUCCUCAUUUGAGGUACCUUUACAGGAAAACCAGACCUUUAAUUUGUUGAAGAGGAAGUCAGCAUUGUUCUGUUUUCUGUUAUUUUAAAAUGAGUAUAUGUUAAUUCCUGCAUAUAAGUUUUUAAAAAUUCAGCUUUUACAAAAGAAUGCCUGAUGACAUUUAAAUCUCCCCCCCCAAUCCAACUUCACUUCCUAGAGACAAUCACUAUUAGAGAUUCUUGUACAUUCUCUUGUAUUAUAAGGGUAAAAGUUUAGUUGCUGUAAGCAAAACAUCCAGCUAUAUACAUAUAGAUCUUACAUGUCCCAUAUGCUGUGGCCUGAGUGUUUGUGUCCCCCCAAAAAUUCAUGUCUUGCAACCUAACCCACAAGGUGAUGAUGUUAGGAGGUGAUUCGUUUCAAGAGAGCAGAUCCCUCCUAAAUGUGAUUAGUGCCCUUAUAAAAGUGGCCCAAGAAUGCCCCUUUGCUUCUUCCACCAUGUGACAUUACAGCAGAAUGACAGCUGUCUAGGAGGCAGGCUCUCACCAGACAGCAAAUCUGCCAGUGCUGUGACCUUGGGCUUCCCAGCCUCUAGAACUUUGAGAAACAAAGGUUUGCUGUGUACAGGCCAGCCAGUCUCUGUGAGAGCAGCCCGAAUGGACUGAGACACCCAUAGCAAUUCCAACAAGAGAGGUUUGGCUUGGAGGUCAGCUCGCCUCUAAGUGGCCAAUCAAGAUCCCUUGUUCCAUUCCCUAGGGAACGGCAUCACUUGCAUGGUCCAGGCAGAGUCACCCUUGUGGAUGGGUUCCAAGGGCAGGCAGGGAGAAGAACAACAAGGACAAAUACUCAGACCAGUGUCUUGAGGCUUGGACUCAACAGUGGCACACAUCUGCUCCCCUUCCAUUAGGACCUGUUUGACCCCACAUAACUGCAAGGUGUGCUGGGAAAUAGAUGUAUUUCAUCUCUAACUAUGGAAGGAAGGGAGAAGAGAUUCGGUAGGCAGCUAGCAGUCUCUGCCACACCUUCUAGAAGUUUUCAGUUUGCAUAGCUAAGCCUUUAAUUGCUCUUUUGCUAUAAAGCAACAGACUUUAUACUAAUGUUUUUACAUUUUGCUCUUUUCACUUACCGUUUCUCAGAAUGUGUAUUUUUCUUUUCACUGUCUGAAUGGUACUGACUUAUAUAUGAGUGUAUCAGAAGGUAUUUCCCCCAUCCUUUAUUGUUGAACAUUUAGAUGGCUUCCAAUCUUUUGGUAUUACAAAUAAUUUUAAAAUACUUAUGUCUUAGUGUUCAUAUACACAGACACACCUUUUUUUGUUUGUUUUGAUUUGGGGGGUUUCGUUUUACAUUUUUUUUAUUAAAAUGUAGUUGAUUUAUAAUGUGCCAAUUUCUGCUGUACAGCAAAGUGACCCAGUCAUACAUAUGUAUGCAUUCCUUUUCUUAGGUUUUCUUCCAUCACGGUACCUUCAUAGAAUAAAAUAAGUUUAGUACAAUGAUACUCAAA